GCGAGCCCCGCGCGCCCGGCGACCCUCCACAGCGCCCCCUGCGAGCGAGGGUACCCCGCUCCGCACCCCCGAUCCCGCAGCCCUCCACUCGGGUUCCCUGCAGCCGCUCCCUCACCGGCCCCGGCACCCCGAGCAUCCGCCCAGGGCGGCGCGUCCCCAAGGCCGCCGGGCCAGUCCCGUCCAUCCGUCCGUCGCGUCCAUCCGUCGCGUCCGUUGGCAGUGCCAUGCCAUUCCUCGGGCAGGACUGGCGGUCCCCCGGGCAGAGCUGGGUGAAGACGGCCGAUGGCUGGAAGCGCUUCCUGGAUGAGAAGAGCGGCAGCUUCGUGAGCGACCUCAGCAGUUACUGCAGCAAGGAAGUAUACAAUAAGGAGAAUCUUUUCAACAGCCUGAACUAUGAUGUUGCAGCCAAGAAGAGAAAGAAGGACAUGCUGAAUAGCAAAACCAAAACUCAAUAUUUCCACCAAGAAAAAUGGAUCUAUGUUCACAAAGGAAGUACUAAAGAGCGCCAUGGAUAUUGCACUCUGGGGGAAGCCUUCAACAGGCUGGACUUCUCGACUGCCAUUCUGGAUUCCAGAAGAUUUAACUACGUCGUACGGCUGUUGGAACUGAUAGCAAAGUCACAGCUCACAUCCCUGAGUGGCAUUGCCCAAAAGAACUUCAUGAACAUUUUGGAAAAAGUGGUACUGAAAGUCCUGGAAGACCAACAAAACAUUAGACUAAUAAGGGAACUACUCCAGACCCUCUACACGUCCUUAUGUACACUGGUCCAAAGAGUCGGCAAGUCUGUGCUGGUCGGGAACAUUAACAUGUGGGUGUAUCGAAUGGAGACAAUUCUACACUGGCAGCAGCAGCUGAACAACAUCCAAAUCACCAGGCCUGCCUUCAAAGGCCUCACCUUCACUGACCUGCCUUUGUGCUUACAACUGAACAUCAUGCAAAGGCUGAGCGACGGGCGAGACCUGGUCAGCCUGGGCCAGGCAGCCCCUGACCUGCAUGUGCUCAGCGAGGACCGGCUCUUAUGGAAGAAGCUCUGCCAGUACCACUUCUCCGAGCGGCAGAUCCGCAAGCGAUUAAUUUUGUCAGAUAAAGGACAGCUGGAUUGGAAGAAGAUGUAUUUUAAACUUGUGCGCUGUUACCCACGGAAAGAGCAGUAUGGAGACACCCUUCAGCUUUGCAGACACUGCCAUAUUCUUUCCUGGAAGGGCACCGAUCACCCGUGCACAGCCAAUAACCCAGAGAGCUGCUCCGUUUCACUUUCACCCCAGGACUUUAUCAACUUGUUCAAGUUCUGAACCCCACCCAGCACAUGACAACACUUCAGAAGGGUUCCCCUGCUGAUUGGAUGGUUGGAAAUACAGAGUUUGGACGCUUCAUUUGUAAAUAGUGUACAUUUUAGACAUUGGCUCAAAACUUCUGAGAUAAGCCAUUGAGAGGACGUUGGAGGGGAGAGAUGCAGCUGCUGGCUGGGAAUUUAAGCAUAUGGACUUCUCAUUAGAAUUGCUCUCCGAGUCUGUGAACCAUCCUCUGACUGGAUGCUGGCCUAAAAUCCUAUUAGUGUUUAAACAGACCUCAGAAACACCCUGAACCUCUAGGCGAACGCAGAGAUGGGGCUCUUUGAUAUAUCUCGGGCCCUUGAUGUCUUCAACAAACAAGAUCGUAAUUCCUUUAAACUCAAUGUUUUCUGUAGAUGCUUUCUUCUCGGUUUUGUUAAGGAGAGUUAACCCUCGUGGUUUUCCAAAGGAGGGAAACUCCUGCCCCAGACGUGAGCGCUGGGAGGGAGGCUAGAAACGCUGGGGUCUGGCAUUCCUUCUGCCUUUUGAAAUGAGGGAGUGGGUCCAGAAUAUUCAGGUGACAUGCCUCGACCCACCUGGCACUCAGCAGUGGGCCUCAGCGUUAACUUGGGACUUUCUGAGGCCUUAACUUCGUACCCCCUGCCCCGGCACCUUUUGUUGUGGCUGGACACAUGUGACACCUGAGCUGAUUCUUCUCAAGACCUUCGCUGUGGAAGGCAGGUCGUGUCCAGUGUUCGGUGUCUGGCCGUUAACUUUUAAAGACAUUUUAAGUCCCUGAUUCUUCCUGGAGAAGUUAAGGCGUUGCUUAACAUUGUUACAGACCUCUGACUCUGCUGUGAGUACGGCAUACUAGUGAGUACAACCUGCUUGCCACAAAGUAAGCAGCGUAUUUUGACAAAUUUAUUUUUCCCUGGAUAAUUAGAUUUUAAUUAUAAAGGUGGCCCCUGAGACAGAUAAUGGCUGAGCAGCUGGCUUGCUUUCUAAAAACUGAGGUUCUGAUGGUAACCAAGCAGGUAUUUCCUCUCCCCUUAGACUAAAAGGUGCAUUUAAUCCAUCCCUUCUAUCUCCCUGGUACCUGCUGUGAGAUCCAAUAAGCUUCUACCCAGUGGAAGAUCACUCUCUGCUAAACCUCACAAGCAAAGGGGGGUUGUUCCAUGAGGCAGCAAGGAGCAAGGGACCACGAUAUUCAUGACUUUGUCUGCUAGACAUUUUUCAAAGUGUCCUUGAACUCAGCAAACAAAGCUUUCUGAGAGAUCUCUCAAAACUCAGGCCCUGCUCCGUCUGGCCAAAAAUGGAUGGCUGCUUCAAAACUCUGAACUUCUUGAAACUCCAUCUGCUACAACAUUACUUCUGGAGUUUGAACAUGACUUUUUCUGUCUUUGAGUAUAGAAAUGUUGGUUUAAUUAUGAUACACAAGUCUGUUAAACAGAAGGCUCCAAGCAGUGCUCUACACUUGAGAACACUUGGCGCCAUCUUUAUUCUACCAAGUGCCAAUCACCCUAGCCAGAGGGGGUGUAUAUUAAAGUCCAUAUCCUAAGCUUUAGAAGCUUUAAAGUACUUUUUUAAUUAAAAAUACAAUAGGGUAUUGAACAUUUUAACUAAAAGUUUAAGGUUAGACCAAUUACAUGCGAAGAUGUUUAUUUAAUAUUGUGUGAGCUGAGUCCUUCUGUAUAAAUUAUUUGCACUCUUUUCUUGCAUGAUGAACUGAUCUCUUUUUUUAUAGUUGUUUGUACCAGACGGUGGCGUAUUUUUGUAAAAAAUUUUUUGACACUGAAUUGCAAUAAAUGUUUUUCCAACAACA